CUUUUAGGGGUUCGAAAAUGAGCACUAGUCUUAUGGUUGCAGAUACCAUCUGGAAUGAGAUUGAGUCAACUCGUUCAGGUUUUUUCCACACUCACUAGUCUAAUAUUCAAAUCUUACCUCAAUUUUGUUCCCCGACGGCGGAAUUUUAUUGCGUUCGUGUCUAAUUUGGUCUGUAUUCAAUCGCCGCCGCCGCGUUGAUGGCGCUGGAAUUCAACUGAGACAGUGACGGACGAUCAGCUCUCCAUAUUGCAUUUUCUUUUCGGGAAGAAUUUCGAGCGUGCGGCGAGGGUGGUCGAUCAGAGAGGAGUCAAACGAAUCUACGGCCACCCCAGUGGGCGUUCCAUUUUCCAGGCAUUUCAAUUAAAUUUAAUGUUUGAAUCCAAUUGCUUUUACUUGCAGUCGAGAUGCUCUAGGUCCUGUUUGGAGAUCCUUAAUUUUUUUUAAAAAAAAAAUGGACUGUUUGUUUGUUUGUUUGUUCUUCUCAGGUGAUUGGAGAAUCGAGGAAGAAAGAAGAGUAUCUGUGUUUCCCUGAACAUUAUUGUGCAUGUUAUUCUUUCUUUUACGACGUUGUCAACAGAGGGGAACAACUCUGCUGUAAGCAUCAAGUUGCAGCAAGACUUGCUGAUGCGCUGGGAGAAUGUGUUGAUGUAAUGGUGUCCGAUGAGGAACUUGCGUUCAUGCUUUCUCAGCUUUGAUGGAGGAGCAGAUAUUUGGAGUCAAUUUUGCCAGAAACCAAUGGAAGAAGACAUCAACUAAGGUUUUCGUUUACUUAAGCAUGUUUCAAUAAUAGUAAAAGCUACAUUUCCUUGGCUAAUGAAUCUGUAUUAGCUACCCUCUCGUGGUAGCUCAAAUGCCAUUUCUUCUUACUUCUUAUUAGUACACCCUUUGGGUUCUGUCUGGAACUGAUUCCGUUUGGUUGGGCGGUGACAAGUGUUAUCUUAAAAUUAACGAAGCAAGAUGAUUAAAACCAGCCAUCACCAUCCACAAGGGGCCUCGCAUGAUCCACCGUAACUCCGGUGCGCCUGUUCACGUUUCUCAUGUCUUCCCGCCUCACGGGUUCCUAGACAACCGAGUCACCGCCGGCCACCGCCAUGGCCGCCGACGUUCAGUACUUAGAGACGAGGUACCUUAAUUCGUGCAAAUCAAGAGGCAUUCUUCCCAAUAAAUCAAUCCUCUCGGCCUUCUAUAAGGCCAAGUUGAAGAAGGCCCCCCAUGAGCCAUCAGCACUUGUCAUUCUGCUCGACGACAUCAAAGAUGUUGAUUUCCACCCACUUCUUGAUUUGCUGAUGGAUAUUGAUGAUUCUGAUAUUGAUGCCGUCGACAUAAUUAAUAGGUUCUCAUGUGCCUUUAGUGGGCAUCAUGUUAUAUCAUGCUUACGCGCUGUAAGAAGGAAGCUUCGGGUCGUUGAUCUCCAGGAUCUUUUAUUUGGGAAGGAUUUCUUGCUGGAUCUUGCUCUACAAGGGCUGACAUGCCAAGUAUUAAACUUGAGAUUCUCUCAUUUCCGCAAACUCAACAUGACCGGGAGUUUCCUGCAGAUGCACACACUGAAUUUAGACUUCAGUGCUUCACUAUCUAAUUUCCGUGAGGAUUGCUUUACUUGCAUGCCAAAUCUGAGACGGCUUUCGUUGUGUGAGACAAGAAUCACUAAUUUAUGGACAACAAGUGCUGCGCUUUCCAAGCUCCCUUCAUUGGAUGAACUCCGUUUUCAGAAAUGUCUGCAUACUGCUGAUGCAUGGAAAUAUCAUGCAGCAUCUGGAAUGAAUGGCCAUCUAGACUAUGGUGUACACUUAGGAGCCCCACACAGCAGUAGUGAAGAUGUCAUCACUUAUAGUGGGAAUCGUGAUCUACAUGAUAUUUCCAUGCAGGUCUCAGAUGGUUCAUCUGAUGAUGACAGUGAUGUGGACUUUUCUGGCCAAGAUCAGGAGUUGAGUUAUGUGGAGCGAUUACCUGAUGUACCUUGGAAUGAUCUGUUUGAUUUGAACAAUCAGAUUUAUUUUGGCACAUUGGAAACACAAGACUCUGAAUCCAGAUUCGGUUUGCAUACCUCAAGGCCUAGGUCACACACAGCCCCAAACAGGCUCAUUUCACAGAAUCCUUCACCAAUCUGUUAUGAGAAGCACUACAGGGAGUACAUGAUAGCUUCAUUACCAAAUUUGAAGGUUCUUGAUAAUUUGCGUAUUGGAGGGGCUCAAAGGGAGUGGGCGAAUUUAAUCUUCACACAGCAUUUUGAAUACCUGCCACAUAGGGCGGCUAAAGGGGGUAUCAUUAGUAUAUUGCAGAAGCGUGAAAUCAGAGAAAAGCACACUCGCCCCCUCUCCUCCAGGAAAAAAACAUCAUAUGUAGCAGGAAACACACAGCAAUUCUAUUCCAGGUCUUUGUCUGCUGCUAAAAUGGGCUCAUCUGCAUGGCCGUCAGUGCAUCCCCUGUGUAUAUCUAAGAAUACGUUAGGGGAUGAAAGAAGAUUUCGUCCACGUCAGUUUGAAUAUCAUCCAUCUGAUGCAAGCCUCAUGGCUUUCGGAACCCUGGAUGGGGAAGUGGUUGUUAUAAACCACGAGAGUGAGAAAGUCAUUGGGUUUAUUCCUUCACUUGGAGCAAUGAACACUGUUCUUGGUCUUUGCUGGCUUAAAAAACACCCCUUAAAGGUAAUUGCUGGUUCUGAUAAUGGUUCACUGAGAUUGUAUGAUGUCCAAUGUAUGACGAAGACAGGCGUAUUUCAAAAUGCCAGCUCCGUUAUUUAUGAUGAUUUUGAUCAGUUGACAUCUGUUCAUGCUAACUCGACUGAUGAACUAUUUCUUGCAAGUGGAUAUUCAAGGGAUGUUGCUUUGUAUGAUAUAAGCAGUGGAAGGCGUUUACAGGUGUUUGACGAUAUGCACCGAGAACAUAUCAACGUUGUUAAAUUUUCAAACCACUCCCCAUCAAUAUUUGCCACAUCGUCAUUUGAUCAGGAUGUUAAGCUGUGGGACUUGAGACAGAGACCUAUCCGCCCUUGCUAUACUGCUGCGAGCUCUCGGGGAAAUGUGAUGGUUUGCUUUUCUCCAGAUGAUCAAUAUCUUCUUGUUUCAGCCGUUGAUAAUGAGGUGAAACAAAUAUUGACCGUUGAUGGGCGGCUUCACUUGGAUUUUGGUAUUACUUCAACUGGCAGUUCACAGAAUUACACUCGAUCUUAUUACAUGAACGGGAGGGAUUAUGUAAUCAGUGGAAGUUGUGAUGAGCAUGUCAUUCGUAUCUGUUGUGCUCAAACUGGGAGGCGGCUUAAAGAUGUAAUGUUGGAGGGAAAAGGUUCAGGAGCAUCUAUGUUUGUUCAGUCUUUGAGGGGUGACCCUUUCAGAGACUUCAACAUGAGCUUCUUGGCAGCAUAUACACGUCCGAGCUCAGUUCCACAAAUCGUUAAGGUGAAUCUUUUGGAGGGCAAUGAGCAAAAAGAUAAAACUCGCUCUUACGGUCGCGACCCUCACCCGUCUUCUGGAAGGGGAGGGUGACAUAUAUUUGCUGGUUUUCUUCCAUAUUCCCCUUUCACUAACAUUUUCUUAGGGACAAACAUAAGAAAAGUGUCUGUAGUACAUUACCCAUUUGUACAUAAACUUGUACACAAUUUUUUGUGUGUCAGGCAACAUUAUAUGUACGGGGAGAACAAAAAAGUGGAUUUGCAUGUGGAGUACAUAAAGCACAUGAAUUUAGCUUUAUCAUUUGUGUCAUUUUGUAAAUGUAAAAGCAUACAUAUGAUAAACAGAAUAUGUGGAA